ACCGGCAGAUUGACUAUUGACUAGAGUCCACGGUGUGCGGUGUUGUUCAAGCUGAGAUACAAGGACAAACGAUGCAUUUUUAAGUAGAAUAAAUAUUACAUUUAUUUGUAGAUCUGUCCACUGUUAUUCAUAACUUUCGGUUACUGUUAUACUGAGUUUUCCUGUUUUGAGGACAGAGAAGGCUGUUAGCUUAGCCUUUUAGCUAGCUAACAUUAGCUACAGGCCAAAUCGUGUGUUUCAGCAAGCUGAACCAGCUCAACUCAAAAUGAAGUGUCAUUACGAGGUGUUGGGUGUCAAAAGGGACGCGACUGAUGAUGAUAUGAAGAAGGUAUAUCGGAAAUUAGCCCUGAGAUGGCAUCCAGAUAAGAACUUGGACAAUGCAGAUGAGGCAGCUGAGCAGUUCAAACUGAUCCAGGCAGCCUAUGAAGUCCUGAGCGACCCACAGGAGAGAGCCUGGUAUGACAACCACAGAGAGGCUCUCCUUAAAGGUGGGGUCAGCGGGGAGUAUGCUGAUGAAAGUGUUGACCUUGUUCAGUUCUUCACUGUCACCUGUUACUCUGGUUACGGGGAUGAAGAGGAGGGUUUCUACACAGUGUACAGGAACCUGUUUGAGUCCAUAACUACAGAAGAGAUGGAUCACAGUAAAGAGGAGGACGAGGAGGAAGAUGAGUUUCCUUCGUUUGGAGACUCUCAGAGUGACUAUGACACGGUUCACCUCUUCUACGCCUACUGGCAGAGCUUCUGCACACGGAAGAAGUUUGCUUGGAAGGAGGACUAUGACACGAGGCAGGCUUCCAACCGCUGGGAGAAGAGGGCCAUGGAGAAGGAGAACAAGAAGGUUCGAGACAAGGCCAGGAAGGAGCGCAGCGAGCUUGUGCGUCAACUGGUGGCGUUUGUGCGUAAGCGCGACAAGAGGGUGCAGGCCCACAAGAAGCUGGUGGAGGAGCAGAACGCUGAGAAGGCCAAGAAAGUGGAGGAGCUACGACGCAAGCAAAAGCUGUCCCAGGCCAAACUGGCGGAGGAUUACAAGGAGCAGAGCUGGGUAGCCAUGUCUGAGAUGGAGAAGGAGCUGCAGCAGAUGGAGGCUCAGUACGGAAAGGAGUUUGGAGACGUGUCAGAGAGCGAGGAGGAUGACCAGGGAAGAGGCGAUGAACAGAAAGAUGAGACCGAGGAACUCCUGGAUGACUAUUAUGAUGACCUGUACUGCCCUGCAUGUGACAAAUCCUUCAAAUCAGACAAGGCAAUGAAGAAUCAUGAGAAAUCAAAGAAACAUAGAGAGAUGGUGGUAUUACUACGGCAACAACUAGAAGAAGAGGAUGAGACCCUCGGUCUGAAGGAUGAGGAUGGGGAAGAGGAUGAUGAAGAACUAGAAGAAGCACCAAGACAAAAGCUGUCUAAAAAGCAGAAGAAGAAAAAGAGACAACAGCAAAAUGGGCGGAGCCCCACAGAGGAGGGAGUAGGGAAGGAUGUGUCCCCAGAGCCCCCCUCCACCCCCACAGAGGAGGUUGUAGGGAAGGAUGCGGCCCCAGGGCCCCCCACCACCCCCACAGACAAUAGCCCAGAGAGCCCUCUAUCAACACAGACCAGCGGUGAGGCAGAGGGCCCCCAGCCUGCCUCAGAGCCCCAGCAGGCAGCUGCGGACAAACCCUGUGAGGACCCAACAGAAGACGGACAGCAGGAGGAAGACCUCACAGCCACAGAACCAAAGAGCUCUGGAAAGACUAAGGGGAAGAAGAAUGGAGGAAAGGACAGCAAAAAGAAUGUCCAACCACAGGGAGGAGUGGAGAAAGGAGGAGCAGAGGAGCUGAACCUGCGCUGUGUGACCUGUCACUAUGAGUUCUCUACCAGGAACAAACUGUUUGACCACCUGAAGACAACAGGACACGCUACAGCCGUGUCACACGGUGGCAGUGCACCCGCCACGGUCAAGAGCAAGAAGGAGAAGAGGAAGAAUAGAUGAUGGGGGAUACAAGAGGGGCCAAAGACUAACACCAGCCACUGGGUUGCAGAGAUGGACUCUACUGUCUUACUAUAUAUUAUAGGAGGCCACUCAUGGUAUUGAAGGCCUGGAUUUGUUUGUUUUUUAAUGUUAAAGAUUGUCUGAAAAGGA